AUGGAUGUCAUCAAUGGGAUGAUCAACUACUAUAGGAAAGACUAUGAUCAGAAGAUAGUCAUGGAGGUGCUGAGAGCCAUCAAGCUGUGGGAUCUGUCGGAGAGACACAUCGAUGCAGCAAAGGCUGGUAAGAAUCUACCAGUGGAGAGGAUAGUGGCUGUCUUCAGUGUUGGUCGAACUAUUCUGUGUUUGAAGGAGGAAGGGAAGGUUAAUUCUCUGAACGAGGUGUUGGCUAUUUCAGACCUGACCAAGCUGAUCAUGACUCUCUUUCACAAGCCAGCAAGGGCAUGGGUCAAAUUCACAAGUCUUGAGUCAAGAUUUCUUUAUGGUGUCCAGAACGUCUUGAUGAGUGAACGCACCUUGAGCAUUUCUAAUUCCUAUCAACACAUCGACCACAUCAUGGCAGCUUUCAACCUAUCCUCUUUUGACCCUUCAACAUUCUUCCUAACAGGCAUCCCUGGCCUGGAAGCUGCCCAUGUCUGGAUUUCCAUCCCUUUCUCUAUGUUCUACAUUAUCAGCCUAUUGGGAAAUUUCACAAUUCUGUUUGUUGUAAGCAAAGAGGAGAGCCUGCACAAGCCAAUGUACCUGCUGCUCUGCAUGCUGGCGCUCACAGACAUUGGCAUGUCUACCUCCGUUGUGCCAAAGGCACUGUGUAUAUUUUGGUUCAAUUUGACCAGUAUUACUGUAGGUGGCUGCCUCACCCAGAUGUUCUUCCUUCAUGCAAUUUCUGCUAUGCAGUCAGCCCUCCUUGUGACAAUGGCCUUCGAUCGCUACAUUGCCAUAUGUAACCCCCUGAGAUAUGCCACCAUCCUCACCAACACACGGAUAGCUAAGCUAGGUCUAGUGGGUUUGAUAAGAGCUUUUCUCUUUGUUCUGCCCCUGCCUCUGUUCCUGAGCAGGCAGCCAUUCUGUGCCAACCACAUUAUCCCAAACACAUACUGCGAUCACAUAGCUGUUGCAAAGAUUUCAUGUGGGGAUACCACAGUCAACAGGAUGUAUGCCUUGGUGGUAGGGCUUGUAUGCACUGGGUUAGACCUGACGCUCAUUGCCCUGUCCUACAUUCUGAUAAUCAGGGCCCUCUUCAGAAUAUCCUCAAAGAAAACCCACCAGAAAGCCCUCAACACCUGCACAGCCCACAUUUUUGUGAUGUUGAUGUUUUAUCCUCCCUUCAUCUUCUCUUCUCUGACACAUCGGUAUGGUCAGGGCAUUGCUCCCCACAUUCACAUCAUGUUGGGCAAUCUCUAUUUUGUUGCCCCCCCCAUACUCAACCCUAUCAUUUAUGGGGCCAAAACCAAAGAGCUUCGUGACAAAGUGUGCAAAUACAGCUACAGAAGGUGA